GACUCGUUGCGCUCGGCGGCUCGUAUGGCGGAUACAUGAUGAACUGGAUUAACGGAAACACGAAGCGGUUCCGCGCGCUGGUGGCACACGACGGACAGUUCAACACCAUAUCUGGCUACUACUCGACCGACGAACUGUGGUUCCCGGAGCACGACCUAGGUGGAGUGCCGUUUGUCGAGCGAAGCAGGGAGGUGUACGAGAGGUGGAAUCCCGAGCGGCUGGCUGGCGAGUUCUCAACGCCAACGCUGUUUAUCCAUGGCGAAAAGGACUAUCGGCUGACGACUGAGCAGUCCGUUGCGCCGUGGACGCUGCUCAGGCGCAAGGGCAUCCCGGCCAAGCUCAUGUACUUUGCCGACGAGGACCACUGGACGAACAAGCCCGGCAAUUCCGUCAGGUGGUGCUCCGAGGUGCUGCGCUGGAUCAGCAGCUUUGCCGAGACACAGCUGCCGUAUGAGCUGGGGGCAGAGUAGGCUGUGGCGUGCACGCGAUGGCUCGGCUCGAGUCGGAUGCGGCUCGCUGGCAAAAAAGUCAC